AGCGAGGCCCGGUUUUUCUUUUGGUCAAGCUGUUGAAGUGACUUUUUAAAUCCAGCUCGUGUUAAAUAACGUACAUGUCUUGAACAUCUAGUUCGAGAAGGUACGGAUUUCGGUGAGCUGCUGAUGAAAUCUAGAAGCUGCUUCCAGCUUCAGGCGUCUCCUCCACCUAUCCUAGGCUUUUCAGAACGGCUUUGUUAUAGGGAUACAUGCCCUACAUGGAUCGAAAACGGCCAUUUGACUUUUCAGAGUAACCGUUCUUCUGCUCCGUGGGAAGUAAAGAGAGAAAUCCGCUGGCGGUUCGCUACGGUUUGGCUCACACUGAGAGAAGGAAGGGUUAUGGCCCUGUGCAAAAGCCAGCCACCAGAUUUGCCAGAAUCGGUUUCGCCGGUGUUUCAGUCACAAUGCUGCGCUUUCCAUAUACUUUUCAGCAUACAAAAUAAGUCCUUUUAUAGAUAGGAGAAUGUCUUUCUAAGGCACUUCAACCUGUUCUAUAGGUGUUAGCCCACUCUAAUGCAUUAUGGCUUGGUGUUUUCACUCGGGCGUGAUAUUAGUAUGCUUGGAAGAAAUGCAUUGUUUAUUGAAUAACUGAUGUAACAUAAAUUAUUUAUAGUUGGAAUAACACGAAUAAAAAUAUGAAUUUUGCUGUCGUGAAGUUGUAUUUGUGCUUUCUGCGUUUGAGCGCAUGAGCGGGACUUUAAUUAUGGCGGAGCGUUAUGACGUCAUAAAACCGCGCCGCUGCGUCUGCGGGUCGGCUGAGGAAAGACACACAGAACCCCCACGCUGAAGCAGCUGAGAUCCAUGUGAUGCUCGCGCUAUUGUGAAGAUGGCGUUAAUUAAGGAGGAGAGUGAAGAACUUAGGAUCGAAGAAGCUUUCAGUCUGAAACAAGAAGAUACUGAGGAACAAAUAGACCGGAUGUCACCAAAGAAGGAGAGCGAAAUACUAAAUGAAAUGGAAGAGAAAUAUCAGAAACAUGAUUUCAUAACCGGAGAAAAAUCUUUUAGCUGUACAAAGGCCGAAAAGACUUCCUCGCGGAACGGAGCUAAAAAGACAGAAACUAGUUAUUUCGACUGCUUUCAGUGCGGAAAGAGUUUCAGUCAUCAUCAGAGCCUCAAAGACCACAUGAGAGUUCACGGCGGCGAGAGCCCUUUCACCUGCCGGCAGUGUGGGAAAAGUUUUACUGACAACGGAAGCCUUAAAAGGCACGCGCGGAUUCACACCGGAGAGAAGCCUUUCACCUGCCAUGAAUGCGGAAGAAGUUUCACCCAGAAAGGAACCCUGAAGAGGCACGCGAGAAUCCACACCGGAGAGAGGCCUUACUCCUGCAACCUGUGUGGAAAAAGCUUUAAAGCGGAAAUAAACAUCAGGUAUCACAUGAAAAUUCACACGGGAGAGAAGCCGUUCACGUGCGACCAGUGCGGAAAGAGUUUCAGAUGCAAAGUGACCCUUAAUUGGCACGCGAAGAUUCACUCGAGAGAGAACCAUUUUAUAUGUCGACAGUGUGGAAUGAGUUUUACGGAUCUAGAGCGUUUGAACGGCCACCAAGUAAUUCACUCCGGAGAGAAGCCCUUCGAAUGCCAUCAGUGUGAAAGGAUUUUCCGAUUCAAAAAAUCCCUUAAGGCCCACACGAGAAUUCACACGGGAGAGAAGCCUUACGCGUGCCCUCAGUGCGGAAGGUGUUUUACGUACAAAGCCACGCUCGAUUCCCACACCAGGAGUCACACCGGAGAAAGCCCUUACACGUGCAAACUGUGCGAUAAGAGCUUCUCGCACAAUGGAAAUCUGAAGACCCACAUGAGAGUUCACACCGGAGAGAAGCCGUUUACGUGCGUCGAGUGUGGGAAAUCGUUCACUCGUAAAGAAAGCCUCAAUUACCACGCCAGGAUCCACUCGAGAGAGGUCUCUUUCGCGUGCCGUCGGUGCGGGAAAAGUUUCCCGGACAAGAAACGUCUUAAGGGGCACGUCAGAGUUCACUCCGGAGAAAGCGCUCUGAUGUGCCAGUACUGUGGGAAGGGUUUCACGCAUAAAGGGAACCUGAAGACUCACAUGAGAAUACACACCGGAGAGAAACCUUUCAUGUGCCAUCAGUGCGGAAAGAGUUUCAGUCACAACGUGAGCCUCAAGACUCACUUGAGGAUUCACACCGGAGAGAAGCCUUUCACGUGCCGUCAGUGCGGGAAGAGUUUUAGACAUAGCGUGAGCUUUAAGACUCACGUCAAAAUUCACACCGGAGAGAAACCUUUCACGUGCCUUCACUGCGGAAAGUGUUUCAUGUUUCAAGGAAACCUCAAGACUCACGUGAGGGUUCAUGCUGGAGAGGGAAAAGACCUUGGCCGCAAUUCGAAAACCCAUUCUGUAAAUAAACUGCAGUGUUCUGUGUGCAACAAGACAUUUACGAAAAGGAGCAAUUUUAAAAACCACCUGCGCAUUCACUCCGGAGAAAGGCCCUUUAACUGUGAUCAGUGUAAUAAAAAAUUUCUUUCACUGUCACACUUAGAAAUACACUUGAAAAGUCACGCAGGUGUGCGACGCUAUCAGUGUUCCUCGUGUGGGAAGGGUUUUAAAUGGCUUGGCAAUUUAAAGUGGCACCAGAAAAGACGCAGCUGUGUAAAAUUAAGGUUACGUUCACGUCACACCUGAACGUGGUCGAGUUUUUUUUGCUCUGAUUAUUUCAAAUGUGUCCAAAUGUCUAAAUAGGUGAUGCGGUGUUGUUUUCUCAGGCUUCUUAAAAACACCGGAGGUUGUCAUAGGAGAUAUAGUCAUGCUCUUCAAAUUCUCCAAUUACCGGUUGUUGUUUGAAUUUAAUAUCUUCAUUGUCAUUGUACCAAGCGCAACAAAUUGAAUGGCGCAAACCUUCGAGGUGCAGAACAAUAAUACAAUACAAUACAAAUAGCCAUAGAGGUAUAAGUGUAAUACCUAGCAACGUACAAAGGGGCCCUCGGCAUUUAUUGCAGACACUUCAAUGUUAAUGUAAAAUAACAUUGCAUCCAUCAAAGGGCAUGGAGAAAUUUGGUAGUUAUUUCCCAGCUCUAACUGAGGAGCAGGCAGCGGAUCUGUAACGACUUCAUGGAGAACAUUGGAGCUUCCAUCAAGACAUCUGGAAGAGCCAGCCUGAAAACCCAUUGGUUCCCAAUGGCCAUUGCCCAUGAGGUUCCAUUGGAAUCAUUCUGGUUUGAAAUUGCUGAAGAACAACCGGUCUGUCACACAGUUGCAGUGAAGGUGCUAAUCCCCUUCAGCACCACCCACCAACUACAACAGCCCUUUAAAACCAAAUACAGGGCCAGUGAACUAAUGCUUUGACAGCCAGUUUUGUCUGGUACCCAGAACCAGUGUUUUGUUUGGUUACCAUUUAGUUGAAGAAAAUAAUCUAAAAGUUGGACUUAGUAGGGAGGGAUUUGAUGGUUUACAUUUCGUAUGUUAUUAUUACAUAUUGUGUGGAUGCGCUUAAAAUAAAAUAAAAUUUGAUAACA